AUGGGAAUUUUAGUUGGAUAUGAUAACGUAGGUUAUAGAGUUUUAAUGAAUGGUAGAAUUAUAAUUGCUAGACACGUAGAAGUAGUUGAAGAUGAUGUGAAAUGGAUAGGAAUAGAUACUGAUAAUGAGAGUGAAAGUGAAUCUGAAACGAGUUAUGAAACGUUUUUGAAUGGAAAAGUUAAAUCUGAAAUUUAUGUGAAAAUACCACAAGGUUAUGAAAAUGUUAAUGAGAAUUCUGAUAAAGUUUUAAAGUUAGAAAAAGCUUUGUAUGGCUUAAGAGAAAGUCCUAGAGCUUGGUACGAAUGUUUUGAUAAUUUUAUUAAUAGAAUUUAUGUUGAAUAUGAUCUUGAAAAAGGAAAAUUGAGCCUUGAUCAAACUGAUUAUAUAAACUCAUUAGGAAAUGUUUAUAAUUUAGAAAAUACUAAACUGUACUCAACACUUAUGGAGGAAAGGUUACAUAUACCUCCAGCACAAUCAGCAUCUAAUGAAAUCAAAUAUAGAAAUUUAAUUGGAGCACUUUUGUAUAUCAAUUGUUAUGUUGAUGCUGAUUGGGCAGGUGACAAAAAUAGUAGACAGUCAACGACAGGUUUUGUUAUACGUUAUUAUGGAAAUACGAUUUUUUGGAAAGUAAAGAAACAAAGUAGUGUAGCUAAAUCUUCUACAGCAGCAGAAUAUGUAGCUUUAUCUGAUGCUGUUAGUGAGAUAAAAGUAAUUAAAAAUUUAUUAAAAGAUUUAGACGUAAAUAUUGUUAAGCCUAUAAAGAUCUAUGAAGAUAACUCUGGUGCAAUUGCUAUUGCCAAAUAUGAUAAAAAAUUAAACCAAUUAACCAAUGAUGUUACAAAUAAUCAGAAAGAUUUAAUAGAAUAUGAGCAAAAAUUAGAUUUAGCCAAAAAAUAUUCGACGGAACUGCAAAAUCAACUGAAUUCAAACAGAAACGAAACUCAAAAACUUCAGGAAUCACUAAAAAGAUUGGAAAAAGAAAAUAUUGGAUUACGGAGGCAGAAGAAUGAACUUAUAGAUGAAAAUAAUUCCUUAAAUUCAAAUAUAGAACGGAAAGACAUAGAACUUGAAAGACUACGUUUAGAAUUAGCUUCAUUAGGAUCUCAAUUACAGAUUUCAAUUGCAGCUAAAUGCCAAGCUCUUGCCAAAAUAGAAGAAGUACAAAGUCGUGAGUUGAAUAUAGAAUUUAGAGAAAAGCGCUCAGAGCAAGAACGAGUUCUUUUCGUUCAACAAGUAUUUAGCUUAGAGGAAGAACUAUCAAAAAGAACUAUGGAGUUACAAAAUGUGCGAUCGGAGGCUUCUGCGCGUAAUUUAUUAAUACAAACUCGGUUAUCGCAAUGUGAAGAGGAAUUGCAAAUCGCUAAUGACUCUAUUGUUCAAAUACGUGAAGCUAAUACCAUUCUUCAACGUCGUCAUGAAGAAUUAACACAGAAAUUGGAUGAUCAACGAAAUCAUGAAAUAGCAAUGCAUUCCUCUUAUAGGGAAGAAAUUACAGCUCAAAUAAGAUUAGCAGAUGUAUAUAAAGGAAUGGCCGAUGAAGCUAAUGCUAAAGUUGAUGAUUAUAAUGUUGCAGUUAAAGAGUUGCAAGAUUUAUUGGAGCAUGCAACAGAACAGUAUGGUAUUUUGGAAACAACACACAACAAAUUAGUAUUAGAUUAUGAAAAUGACAAUAUCAGUCAUCAAAAUAAGAUUAGUAAAUUGAUGAAAGAACUCGAAGAUGCCAAUGAAUUACUUGGAAUUCUAAGACAAGAACGUUUAGAUCAAGCAGUAGAACAGUUAGCUCCAACCGCUGCAAUUGCUAAUAGGAUUCUCAAAAAAGGCCUAAGUUUAACACAAAUUUAUACACAAUUCGUUGAAGUUAGUAAUGAAUUAAGUUCUGAAAGAAGAAACAAUGAAAAAAUUAAAUCGCAAAUGGACAUUAUAUUGAAUGAAUUAGAGGAAAAAGCACCUAUAUUGCAGCAACAAAGGGAAGAUUAUGAACUCGCAAUAGCUAAUGUUACUACCCUUACACUGAGAAUUGAUGAGUUAUUAAUUGAAAAUAGCCGUUUACAAGAAAAUACUAACGAAGCCAAUAGAUUAGUUAGUCACUUUACCAAAGAAAAUCAAAAAUUAAAAUCCGAAUUGGCUGAUCUUGCUAAACAAGUAUGUUAUUUGUUAAAAGAAGUAGAAGAAAAGCGUAUUGGUGAAACCAUUCCUAUGAGUGAAGCAAAUUCCGUGGAGAGCAAUAAUCUAGCAUCAUCUCAAAUAAUAAGUAGAAAACUGGUGACAUUUAGAGACAUUGAAAGUCUCCAAGAAAAUAAUCAGAAGUUGUUAUCAAUUGUACGAAUAUUAUCUUCCAGACAAGAAGAAAUUGAAAAAGCCACUGAUGAAAUUAAUUCUGGCGUAAUGAAAGAAAAACUCGAAAGAUAUAUAGAACAACUGAAUGAAAUGCAAGCGGCUCAAAACCGGCAGGCUAAAAUGUUAGAAGGGAUACUUAAACAGCGUGAUAUGUAUAAAAAAAUGUAUCAACAAUGUGUUGAUCAACGUCCAUUAAUCAAUAACGAAGAUAAGCUAAUAUCAAAAAAAUUGUGCAACAAUCAAGAGGAAAUGGAAAAUGAAAAUUCAAUGAAUACUACUGAAACAACUGAUAAAACUUCAUUUUAUGAUAAAAAAUCACAAGUUUUUGAAAAUCAAUUCAAGCAGCUGAACAAUGAUUUUGAAACAUAUAAAAAUGAAAAAGCCGCUCACGAAAAGAUGCUUAACAAUGAAAUUGAACGAUUAAGAAAGGAAGCUGAAAAUAAUUCUACUCGUUGUUGUCGCUUAAAGGUUCAAUUAGAUUCUGCAAAUGAACGUUUUAGUCUUUUACAAGGAAACGUAGCUACAUAUAAAUCACAAAUAAAGAUUCUAGAAGAUAAAUGUAAUAGCUACAAUUUGACAAUUGGAAAACAUGAACAAAGUUUAAUGAUUUUGAAAGAUGAAGCCCUCUCAGCUCAAAGCCGUCUUUCAAAAGCAGAAGUUCAGGUGGAGAACUUAAAACAAGAAAGACAACUAUUGCGAGAUUCUGAAGGUCGUUUAUUGAAAGAGAGAGAAGUUUUACAAAGAGAAAGACAUACUCAUGCUCUUUUAAAAGCUGAUGUUGAAGUUAUAAAAACCAGUUUAGAACGUGUACAGGCAGAGCAACAGUUGCGAACUGAACAACGUUUAGAUGAUGCAACACGUGAAUGCGCUGCCCUGAGAAGACGUUUACAAGAAGAGCAAGAUCGGUUUCGAGAAUUGUCUACAAACUUAGAGCGUCAAAUUAAUAUUUCUAAAGAACGACUGUUAGAAGAAACAAAACAUAAUCAACAAAUAAAAACAGAUCUCGAUAAUUCCCGUCAAUCAGAACAAGAAUGUAUCAAAAAGAUAGAAGAAUUGAAUAACAAAUUAAAAGAAGCAACAUCUCUUACGUUACAAAAACCCGUUAUAUCAGGAGAUGAUAGUUUAAACAAAAAAAUCAAGGAUCUUGAGAUUCAGUUAGUUAACAAUCAAUCAGAAAUUAAAUCUUUGAUUGAUCAACUGAAAGCUGCUCGUUUCCAAGGACAGCAAUAUUGUGAUAUUGCAGAAAGUACAGAAGCUCAACUUAGAGAAAUGACAGACCAAUUCAGAAAAUUAGAAAAAGAUUAUAAUGUAAACAUGAAAAAAUCAGAAGAUAAAGUAGGGGAUUUAAAUAAUACAAUAAAAUUGUUAGAAGAAAAAAUAUCCAAACUGUCAAAUGUCCGUGAAGAUUCUGAUUCAGAAUUGAGAAAGAUAAUAUCUGAUUCUGAAGAAAAAGUUCAAGCCUUUGAUGAAAUAAAAAUAGAACUUGAUAAUAUAAAAUUGGAAUUAAAAGCAGCUGUAAUUGCUGCCAGUGUAGCUGAAGAUAAGUAUGCAAGAGAAAUGGUUUUACAUUCUGCCGAUUUACAAAUGCUUACCAAAAUAAAAGAGGAGAAUCAAAAAAUUACAGAUAAACUAGCAGAGUUAAUGCAAGAACAUGAUUCAGCCAAAAGUAUGCUCCACCUUGAAAAAUCAAUGUGGCAGGAAAGAGAACAGCGAUAUGUUAAUGAAAUUGAAGAAUUAAAAAAACGAAUAGAAGAUUUGGAUGCACAAAAUAUCCUUUUACAUAAUCAAAUUCAAGAAUUAAGUGAACGUACUGCAAUUCUUCACAGUCAAAAUAUCAGUACCAGUGAUUUCAAUAGUUCUAUAAAUUUAGAAUUUGUAAAUCGUAGUUUUGACGAGGAAGAUCAAAAAUCAGUAGAACAAUUACUCCAAGUCAUGAAGUACUUACGCCGCGAAAAAGAUUUAGCACUUGCUAAAUUUGAUGUUCUUAAAUCCGAAAAUUCUAGAUUAAAAUCCCAAAUUGAUCUGUCUGAAAAGCGUUUUGAAGAAUUGAAAAAAUCAAUUGAUCGUGACCGAGAAAAUAAUGAAAUUGAUGUGCUCACUGUUUCAAAACAUGCAGAGCUUUUACGUAAAGUAGAGACUUUGAAUGCUAUAACAGAUUCCAACAGAGUCCUUCGAGAAGAAAGAGACCUUUUGAAUAAUAAAAUUGGAGAGUUGACAUGUAAAGUAAAGCAAUUAUCUGAAGAAGUUAUACCAUUGCGUGAAAAAGUUUCCGAUCUGCAAGCUAAAAAUGAGUCUUUGAUUCAAGAAAAUAAUAGUUUGAAAAGUGAAGUUUUGCGAUGGAGACAAAGAGCUAACACUCUUAUAGAACGUUCCAGUAAAGCAACUCCCGAGGAUUGGCGCAGGUUACAAACUGAAAGAGAAAACUUAAGUAAACUUUUAACUUCAGAACGUGAAGUUCACGCUAAAUGUAUGGAUGAAUUGAAUAUUUUAAAAAAUGAGAAGUCGCGAUUAGAGGAUCAAUUCUCUCAAAUUCAAAAACAAAUACAAUCUAGAGAAGAAGUAAUAUCACGAAUCACGGACGAUAACCAACUAUUGAAUAAUAACUUUAAUGAUGUUAACUCGAAUUUAAACCAAAAGUUGAAAGAAAUAGAAAAUUUGAAAAAAGAAAUUCUAGAUAAAGAAGCACUUUUAGUUGACGUGAGAAAUAAAGAAAUUCAAAUACGUAAAAUAGCCAAAAAAUAUAAAACACAAUACGAAGAACUAUCAAAGACUUUGGAAGAAGAGAAAAUGCGGAUAGAAAGUCAAAUUGUAAGUAACCAAGUAAUAGGACAAAAGCAAAUAAUUGAAGAUGAUUCACAAUUGAUAUCAGAACGAGAAAGUAAAUUAAGAGAAGAAGGACGUUCAGAGUUUCGACAAGUCAAUCAAGAAUUGACUCUAAAGGUUGAAGAGCUUAAUCGAAAAAUUAUAUCUAUGCAAUCGGAAUCCGAUAAUCUUAAAAAAGAAAUAGAACUAAUAAAUAAAACUAGCCUUGAAAAAGAAGAAAAAGCAAAGCAAGUUUUGAAAGGAGCUCGAACGAAAAUUAUGCAGCUUACAGAAUAUAAAAAAUAUUGUGAAAAAGAAGUAAACGAACUCAAAGAGAAACUUGAAUCGAGUACUUCCGAAAUUGAAUCAAGUACAAGUGAAUACGAAACUAGACUUGCAGCGCUUAAAUCUCAAAUGGAAGGUAGAAUCUCACGUCUAGAACAUGAACGUUCGGAUCUUCAAGCGGAAAAGGAGUCUCUGAUACAGCGUGCUACACAGUUACAGCGACAAUUAGUCGGGCAAGGUAAUCCUAAUACUGGGACAAGUGAGCCUCCAACGGCUAAUAUUAAACCAAUGUCAGCUCGUGCAGAAACACCACUAGCUAGUAUUCGUCCAAUGAGCGUCGUAGUGCAAUCUCGUACAGCUGCGGUUUUACCAACAACAGUUGGAAAUCCUCUACUUUCAGCAUCUCAACAGUCUUCGCAGCAAUUAGUACAUACUACUGAAACCAGCUCCCCCACCAGUUCUCAUAUUGAUUAUCAGCCUGUCAGUACAAGUAGACAGCAUUUGAUUCAAACUCAAAUAAAUGAAUCGGCUGAAUCUACUUUGCGAGAAGAACCUGAAGUUGAUCAACAGCAACAGCAAGCAUGUCCUCAACAAGCAGUAGCUUUAGUGAGCCCACGUAUUGAACAGCAACAACAACAAUCUUUACCAAGUGAUCAACAGACUGUGCCAAGUAGUUCUACACAACCUGUUAGUACAUCACACCCUUCGAAUGGAAUUAAACGUCCUAGAACAUUAGAUUCUACUGGAUCUAAUUUGAAUGAAAAUAUGGAUCUUUCUAGACAAGAGCAGCUUUCAAGUCCAAAAAACAAAAGAAGUAGACAACAAGAAUUAACGUCUGCAUCUGGUAAUACAUCAGACAUUGAAUAUCAGGUCCCAACGUCAAGUCAAAGAGACCAGGAUGAAGAAGCUGAAGAUCAUUGUAUAGUGGUAGUUGAUUGUGAUGAAGGAAACAUUACACAUCAACAUGCCGAAGAAGAGUUUGAGAAUGAUCCUUACGAAGAAAUUGAGGACGAAGAACUUCCAUAUGGAGUUGAAGUUGAAGGUGAUAACAAUGAAGUAGAAAUUAUUUUAGGAGAAGAUUCAGCGAAUGUCGAAAUUCCUCAACAAAUGCAAUCAGAACUUUCAACACAUCAACAACAACAAUCGGAAACAAUUAGCAGUGCGGGAGUAGGUGAAUUAUCAGCAUUUGUCUCCCGACAAUCUAGGAAUAGUGGGCAUAGGCAACAUCCACAACAACAUUUACUGCUUCCACAACAGGGUUACGAAGACGGAGGUGAUGAUUGUAUUGUUCCAAGUACUCCGACUUUAUUUGUUCCAAGACGAAACGACGGAUUCGGUGAAGCUGUUAGUUCACCUCAAGUACCCUCAAGAUUUACAUUUGGAGAACCGUCAAAUCCUGCAUUAGCAUCAACGACUCAAUCGCAUUCAACAAAUACUAUGAGUGGAGCUAGAGCGAUAUUUAGUUCUACACCGUCUGAAUUAGCACAAGUCGUUGAAGAAGGUAUGGAUGAUACUCGCAUUGAUCUCACUCAACUAGAUGAUAAUAGAACUGGUCGAAGUGUGCCUACUACCCCUCGACAAGUUUCACCUAAUACAGAACAACAAGAAUCGACAAAUACUGGAUCAUCUGAUGAUCAUAGUGUUUUAGUUAACGUUUGUUUGGAAACCGAGAAUACUGAAAAUUUGAUUAAUAUUAAAGAUUCUUCUGUUAAUCCAAGUGCCGAUGAAGAACCAGAACAUCCUACUGAAGUUAUUGAACAUGGAUCGAAUGAAAACGAUGACUCGAAAGUUCCGGAAAGCAGGAUAUCUGAGUUAAUUGUACUUGAUAUAAAUAACACAAAUACAGAGCAAUCAGAUGAAAUUCGUGUUGAUUUGACUAAUACUGAAUCAAAAGAUGAAAACAGAGAGGCAGAAGCUUCUCCAUCUGAUAAUGCAAAACAAGGAAGUACAACAAUGGGUACAUCAAACGUACCAUUAUUACGUGGAGCAACAGCUAGAAGAUCAACUAGAACAUCUUUUAGAACUAUUCAUGGAACGCGACCUACACCAAUUGUUUGGGACAAUCAAUCUUCUUCACGUGGUUCAAGUACUAAUCGAGGACAUUCAUCUAGAGGUUCUACCAAUGAAAAUAUACGAGCUCGAGGAUCAAGAGGUCGACGUUUGCGUUCAAAAUAUCCUUACAAUUAUUAAAAGGCUAUUGUUCUUUAUUUAGUAGUACUUCAUAGUUCGAUCGUUGAAAUUGAAGAAUUUCUAAAUUACUCUGUUUACUUCCUAUACUAUUUCCUAUUAUUUUAUUUUUUGUAUUUUUAUUUAAUCGAAAUGUUUUUUAUCGAUACAGGUAUGUUGUAUAAGGGUAGGAAAUAUAAUAGAAAGAUUAUAUCUAUUAAAUAAGUAAUUUUAUAAUAUAUAUUGAACUAUGAAAUGUAAACGGCUUAUUUUCAUUGUCAAAUGCAUUCAAUCGUUGUUUACCUUUAUUUUUGAACAGUAAAUAGCAUAAACAAUUUUCAGUAAAGUAGUUUUACAAAUGGUGAGUAUUUUAUGAUAGUUUUUAAACAACACGAGGACGGAACUACAUAAAACAAAAAACUCUUUCUAGAAGAGAUUAGACACAAUAUUUUUCAAUAUGAUGGACGGUUUCCAUACCGUGUAUCAAAAAGAUUAUUUUUAAGCUUGUACGCUACUGAGAAUUCUUUAAAUUGAGGAGUUAACUGAUAUUGAAUAGUGUAAAUUAUACAUUUUUUUAAUAUGGUGGAAAAAUAAGUCUAAUAAAGAAAGUU